AUGGAUAGCCUAAACCUCGAUCUCUGCAUCUCCUCUCAACCCUCAACCUUAGUUCCAAUCCCAAUAUCGAAAUCAACCACAACUUCGAUCUCAACCUCGACCUUGGAUUCUUUAGCGUCAAGCUCCAUCUCAACCUCAACAUCACCUCCUUCAACAAUCUACACCCCACCCCCUUACAUCAAGCCUCCCGGAGCUGUCCUUAAGAAAGGCAAACGAAACAGGAUUCACAUCCCGACCUCCCUCCCGACCGUCUCCAUCUCGACCUUCCCCCCGUCCACCGCUCCCGUGCUGGUCGUCACCCAGUGGCUGACCAGCAUGUGCACGCCCGCCGAGCUCAAGAAAGUCCACCUCGGUGCCCGCAUGGUGGAGCGGUGGGCGGGCACGGAGCGGUGGAACGGCAAGUACCUGCACGAAGCGCGGCCGGCGACAAUGGCGCGGGAACUAACGAUGAUGGGAUUCAUGAAGGGUCGAGCGAAGACCAUUGCGGGAUUUGUGGUUGGGGCGCGGAGAUUGAGCCUGCUUAGCAACCGCAAUAGCGGCGGCAGUGCGGAGGAAGAAAAGCAGCAGAUCAAGGGAGAAGGAGUCUCUUCGGUCCUAAACCGGGGAGAUGAUAUCUCCACCACGAUGGGAAAAGUUCCCAUCGUGGCAGCAGCCGAGAGACAUCGGGCAAAUGACUUCUUUGGUGGAGGUUCCCUUGCUCUCCACCAGGGUGGAAGGCUCGCGGUCAAUGAGCACUACCUCAAGUCAUCGACUCCACAACCAAGGCAACGACCGGGGGAUCAGGAUCUCGGCCUCAUGUCUCCAUCCAUUGAGAUGGAGACUCCAGAAGCUGGAGAAUUGUUUAAUUCUCGACAGAGAUCGGAAGAUCGGGAUUGUGAGACCUGGGUCUAA